GUCCGGCAUUUUCGUAGUUGCUCUCGUCUUCGUCGCACGUUUCACGGCCACUCGUUCGCCCGUCUACUGUCUUGCCACAGUAAAAAACUACGUGUUUUUGGUAUCUCAUUGUGUUCAGUAGUCACUAGUCGCGUUUGCCGCCGGUGAGUAACCAUUUUUUUUUUUCAUCAUCAAUUAAUUUAUGUUACAGACAUGUCCAACAACGUCAAUCCGUCUGAGUACGUUAAUCCAUCGGUGUUACAGUCGAGUCAUAGAUUACUAACAUAUUAUAUACCGAGCUACAAAAGAACCGAACCUAGCAAAACGUUUCUGUCAACAGUUGGUGAAUCCUGCCAGCGAGACGAAUUAUUUUCGUGCACAACUACUAAUGUGGUAACUGGAUAAUGUAUAAAAUAAAUCGUACUUAUCUCAUCAAUUUCAUUUGUAUACUUACUCGGCUGGGUCGUUUUGGUGAAUAUCGUUUUUACUUCGUCGGUUUAUAGAUAUAUAUUUAUAUAUAUUUAUAAAUCCUUAAUCCUGACGAUCCUCGUCUGGUUAAUAGGACAAACUUAUUAAAUUAUUGUAUUAUUAGUCCUUGAUUAGUGUGCAAAGUUUCAAUUUAAACUGGUGUUUAAAAGUGGGUGAAAAUUACGUUUAAUGUUUUAGUUAGCACUGACAUACUAACAUACAGGUGAAGCUAGUAAAAACGUGUUAAAAGAAUAAAUAAAAUAAAAUAGGAUUUUAGAUUUUUGAGGCAAUUAAUGUUAAACAAAACUUUUAUUUCACGAAAUUAUACAUAUAGUUGUAUUAGUUGUUUGCAUGGGUAACUCCCUCGAGCUACCCAUUUUUUGUUUGCAGUUCCCCGAAACGGCAUGACCGAUUUUAAAAACAUUUUUUCGUGUAUUUGGUAGACAUGAUAAUAGGUCGUAAAGUAUUUUUCACCUUUCUAACCCCACUCACCAUUUUUUAAUCGUGAUUUUAGUAUUUUAAUUAUUUAUUUUUAUGGAUUAGCUUAAUUACACGGAGGAAAUGAAAAAAAAAAAUGUAAAAGUUUGGUCAAAACGUAUCUUUGGUAAUUAAUAUAAAUAUAAAUAAUAAAAAAAUAGCAUGGGCAACGCUGGGCGGGGCAGUUGUUACUAUCUAAUACAUUUAUUCAACGUUAUAUUUUGUUACACCUUAAUUUGUGUACUUUAAAACUAUAAUUUGUUCUGAUAAAAGAUUGUAUUCAAAUUGAGAAUAAAUGGAAAUAAAUGUUGGACAAUUUCACAUUAUUCGUAAUUGCGAUACGCACUAUCGAGAAUAUGUACAACCAUGUGUUUGUGACAUAGAUAUAGAUAAUAAACUUGAUUGUUAAUUAGUGAUGACAGCUAUGUCGGUCGAUUAUAUUCACGAUGUAGAGAACAUGGGUUAUUAAUUUUUAUUUCAGAAAAUUGAUAAUUGGCCAGUCACAAUAUUUCAAUGUUGCCAACGUUUGCAGACGAUUUUUUAAAUUGUAUGGUUUAUUCAUAGCUGCCAACCGAUCUCUCCUAACGUAUAAUACACGAAUAUCAAGAUAUAUCUUAAUUCGUGGUAGUAUAGUACUAUAGUUUAGUAUUUUAUAUUUUUCCAUAACCGUAUUUUCGUGGUAACCGUUAAGUACCUAAUUCCAAUACGGCUAUAAAUCAAUAAGUUUUAGUAUUAUAACAAUUAAUUUUUCUCGUUACUUACCCAACGUGGUUUUGCACAACAAAACUUCGAUUAAAGUUGUCCGACUGAGCGCAGCAAGCGAGUAUAGGUGUAAUUAGAGACCACCUCGGUCUCUAAUUACACCUUUAAUGCCUUUUCAAUUUUCCCUGCUACUUACACGACGUGUUUUUGCAUAAGACCGGUUAUUAUGAAUACAUAAUUUGAAAAUAAUAUUUUUUUCUGUGUUGUGGGUGUAACUACAUUUUUGAUUCAACUUUUUUUACUUAACGUCUGUGUUCGUGCCGACUGAUAUGGCUGCAAUUUCUUAUCAUUUUUUCUGAAAACUAUAUUACAUGGAAAGAUUAAAAGGGUAGACGAAUAUAAGCGUCUGUAUGUAUAUACCUCGUGUACAAUAAUUUCAGUGUCGCCCCCUUCCAUAAAACUAGGUAAAAUACGCUACUGCACACACCCACACACACACCAAUAAAUACCUGAUUCCUAAGUUAUAGGUUGUACUUAAAAGAGAAGAGGUUUGGACUCAUAACCCCUAUGAAUUUAAAAUAAAAACAGAAAAAUGUGUUAGCAAAACAGUUCUACAAAACGUAUUCCCUACGAUUACUAUUUACGUUCAGGGUAAUUCAUUUAGCGUGCUCGCGCUAAUUUUUUGGUUAAAUUUUGCGUACAUUCAAAUUAUUUCUCAAGUGUAGUUGAAGCCAAUAUUUUCGAAUAGUUAAAUUUUUUACAACAUUUAAGGAGUAUCCUUUUAUGCAAUGCUUAUUUAAAACCUACUUUUCUUCUUUAUUUCAGAUAAUAACAUUUAUAAAAACAAUCAUUUUUUUAUAUUUUUACAGGCUCCUGUGCAUACUAAUCAUAAAUCUGUGAGUUGUUUGGUUAGAGAACAAUAUUUUGAUAUAAUUAGGGUAAGUAGUAAUAUUUUGUAUUAUACAUUUAGAAUAGGAUAUUUUAAUUUAAGCUAUGUUUUUUAACUAUUUCAAAUUAUUUGUUAUACAAAUUAAUUCUAAGAUAUAAAUUGAAAUGUUAUUGGUAUGGAUUUUUAUGGAUUAAUAGUUUUUAUUAUUAUUAUAAUAUUAUUGUAUAUGACAUUGAUUGUUAGACAUUACAUUUUUAUUUUAAAAUAUAUUUUAGUUUUUGAAUAACUGUUAUAAAAAAAUAAAAUUAAUGUGCCAUACUAUUUAAUUACCUAGUUCAAAUAAUAUUAUGUUCAGUUAAAACAAUUUGUAUUUAUUAAUCUAACUAUAUGCAAAUUUGUAUCUGCUGUACAAACUGUGUUGUAUUAUAUAAUUGUACGUUUUUUUUUUUCAAAAAUUAUUACCUCCACAUAAAUUAAGUCGUUUUUAAUGUUAUUUAAGUUGUCUCAUUAUUGCACAAACCCCUUUAAUUAUUAGUUAUAAAAUAACAGAUCUAAAAAGGUACUACCUACAUAUUUGUUUUAAUAAAGUAAAUUGAUAUUAAGCUGAACUAAAACAUAGUUUUAAAUAGAUAAAAACUAUUUUAAACUAACUAAAAAACUAAGGUAAACUAAGUUCUAUUAAUAUAAUUGUAUUCAAAUUAUUUACCUACACUAUCCUGCACUACCCUAAUUAUAUUUAAUUCAUUAUUAAUUUGCAUAUAUUAUUUAUAUAUUUUAAUUUUACAAUUUGUUUAUUUUUAGGAGAUCGAGUUGUUAACAAAUGAUCCUCUUUUAAACUUUGAAGAGAAAAUAACAAAAUUAUUAGAGAUUUGGGAAAAUUGCUGUUGUAAAUUGAAAAUAAACAACCUUCAUGAUUAUGAGACGCGUAUAUUUACACAUUAUGCUAUUAGGUAAUUUUAUAAUACAUAAUUUAAAUUAUUUUUUUAUUGAACUGUAGACUAUUUAAAUAUAGGUAUAUUGAAACAUGUAUUAUCAAUUAAAAUUGUACGUGUGUUGUGUUAACAGGCGUCUUGACUGAGGUCUGAAACCAGUAUGCUCAGGCAUACUGGGUUUUUUUUUAUACAAGUGUUAUGUAAUUAUCUAUUGUUUUACUUUUAGAAAAUAUUUAGAUCUUUAAUUUAAACCAUUUUGAUUUAUUCCUGUAGACAUAAUGAUAGAUAACUAUAAUAAAAUAAAUAUUGACAUUCCGAUAUUAAAUAUAUAUAAGUACAUUUUGAAAAUUUUUAUUUGUCUGUUACCUAAAUCAAAUAUUAUAAUAAUAAUUAUCUGUAUUUAUUAUUCUAGUGAAUCGACUAUAUUAUUAUUUCAAAGAGAGUGGGAACAUAUUGAAGACCAUAUUAAAAAUCAAUUUCUUACAAUUGUGGUACAAGUUGUAUCUUUCUUCGAAAUUAAUAUCAAUUCAGAGGUAUUGAAGGCUUUGAAUCAUUUUGUAGAUAUUAUAAACAAUCCGUGGGGUAUUUUACCAGAUUUGAGUAUUGAAAAACGUACGCGAUUGAUGGAAUGUAAUAUUUUUUUUGAAUAUUAAACUUAUUAACUUAUUGAUAAAACAAUUGUAAUAAAAAUAAAUACAUUUUUUUAGUUUCUGAUUUUGUCAAUAAAGAAAAGGGUGCUAUUAUUGCAAACCGUGUAAAGGUGUUGUUUCAUAAUCAACAGCUAAAUCAAGCAUUCAAUUUAGCUGAAAUGUCAGUAUAUUUGUACGAAAAACAUUUAACAGAGCACGAGAAUAUCAUUUUAUUUCGAGAGGAAGAUUAUGAAUGCUGCAGAGAUAUUUUGUUUAGUUUACUAAUGUACUGUGAUAGAAAACAUAUUAUCCGGAUUGUAUGUUACUUUGCUUAUUUAAUUAUUUAAAAGCAACCAACAUUUUUAUAAACUUAACUAAAAAAUAUCAUAAUAAUUUUAUUUCAAUUUCAGAUUGAAACUUUGAAUCCAAUGUAUGAAGGAAAAAGGCUCUGUAUUGAAUACUAUGAUAGAAUCAAGUGUCUUUCAACUUUGGCAAAGCAAGAUCGCCCAAAUAAUUAUCCAAAUAUAGUACGAUUUUGUGAAAUAAGUAUUACCUUAAUAAUGAAUAAAUCAUUUCAAAAAAAAUUCGAAAGUAGAUUUAUAGAAUUUUGUGAGUUGAUGCGCUAUUGGUGUGAUAUUGUGUUUUUGUUGAAGAAAUUUGAAUUGUUUAGCAACCUAAGUGAUCCAUUUUAUAAACAAAGUAUUCUCAACUUUAUUGAGUGGGCCCCUUCAGCUGAUCACUUAUUUUCUAUGGCGGAUAUUUUUUAUGCAAAGGUAAGUGCAAAAAUAAUUAUAUUUUUAAUAAUUAUAAUUUAAUAUUAUGUUGUGAAAUUAUUAUCAACUGAUUGGAUUAACUGCACUAUAUUUUUAAUUUGGAAGAGUAUAGUCUAUUGCAAUAAUAUUGUAAAUAAUUAUUAUCUAUUUUGGUAUAUUAUUAUAUUCUUUUCCAGUAGAUGUUCCUUCACAAUAACCUUAAAGUAUGUGUUAACACAAAAAAAAAAAAAAUCUGGCAUAUUAGUCCGUCCGUUUUCAAGUUAUUACGUCAGCAACAAAAUAUUGAUUCUUUUUUAUAUAAGUAUAUAAUAAUAUAAUAUAGAUGUACGUAUUUGCCGAUUAUUUUAGAAAUUAAUAAUCCUAUUGUAUCAUCCUCGUGACGUCUUUUGGGUGAUCUUUAUUUAUUAGUUUUCUAUCAGAUGGCCAAUUUUACGACAACUUACACAGACUAUCUUACUAUUUAUUUAUUUUAUGAUUUCUAAUUUCUAUCCAUAUCGCCAAUGAAUAACCAAAAUUAGUAUCAUAACUGUACUUGAAAUACCAAUAUCCCUGUGGCCCACCCUUGCAGCGCCACUUAUCAGAUCCAAUUGUAAAUCUUAAUCAUAUCUAUUCGAACUAACAGUGCUUAUUGUAACAAUGGUAUAUUAAAAAUACUUCCAGUCCUAGAUUCAUCAAUUGAAAUAUUGCAAUAAUGUUGUAAAUAAUUAUUAUCCAUUUUGGUUUAUUAUUAUAUUCAACAUAUUAAGUUUAAAGUCAAACAAUUAAUUAUGAUUAGGGCUAAGAUUAAUAUGCAAUACAAAAUAAUAAAAUACCCUUUUGGUUUUUUUUUUUUUUAAAAUAUUCUAAAAUUUACAAAAAUAUAUUAAAAUAUAUUAUUUAAUUAACACUUAGAAUAGAAAAUCAUUUUUAUAGUUUUAUUUUUUAAAACAAAAUUCUCACUAAUUAUAAAUAUGUUAAAGUUAGUCAAAAAAUAUGAUAUAAUGGAUACUUACAAUACAAAAAGAAUGGGCAAAAGUGCAAAUAUAGUGUUAAACAAAGUAAAUUAAAAUACCUUGUGAUUUAAAACAUACUAUUCCACAAUUGUGUUGUAGAGGGAGACUGAAAUGACCCUAUUGCCCCCCUUUGCUCCACCUCUAGAGCUAGUGGUAUUGAUAUUUUAGUCACCAGUAUUUGAUAUUUGUUUACAUGUCUGGUGUUACUGAUAUUAUGGUACUUUUCAGUAAUUACCAUCUCUUUAGUUAAAUUUAAAAAAAAAAUAUGUACAAUUACCAGCGGUCUCAGCGUUGACCAUGCUAUUUUGUAUUACUCUUUUACCCAUAUUCCUUUUUGGUUUUGACCGUGUAAGUAAUAAAUAAAAAUAAAUAGGUAAAAGGUGAGUAGUUCGCCUUCGACAGACUAAAUAGGUACUGUUAUACAUUUUUUUAUGAUUUGCAUAUGAACAAUUUUGAAACCUCUUUUUUUCCCAAGGGAUGGGGGUUUGGUGGAUUUCAAAGUAAAGCAUAACCUAACCUAUUAGGGAGGGGGGAUGGUCAUCAGCGGGAAAGCAUGUUCACCGUAUUAUAGCUAAUCGUCGCUUGCAGAUUUCACAGUGUUUGUUUUAUACCUUUAUGUGAAUAUUGGCUGACAAUUUAUAUUAAUAUUAAAUGAAUAACUCAAUUGUUAGUUCAUAUAAUAUGUAGAAAUGGAUUAAUAUUUUUGUUGGUGACAUUAUAACUUGGAUACCAUCUAAAUUUUAAACUUUUCCGGGGGAAUUUUCCAAAAAUUUUCUUUUAAAAUAACCUUAUGAACAUGCACACAAAAAUAAAUCAGGGAUAUUGGUUCGUCCGUUUUCAAGUUAUUGUGUCAGCAACAAAAUAUUGAUUCAUUUUUAUGUAAGUAUAUAAUAAUAUAAUAUUGAUGUGCGUAUUUGCCGAUUAUUUAAAAAAUUAAUAAUCCGAUUGUAUCACCCUCGUGGAUCUUUAUUUAUUUAUUUUCUAUCAAAUGGCCAACUUACAUGGAUUAUCUUACUGUUUAUUUAUUUUUUAUUUUAUCCAUAUCACCAAGAUAACCAAUAAAUAAACAAAAAUAAUAUGAUCACUGUAAAAAUAUCAAUAUCCCUGUAUCAGCCAUCCUUGUAACACCACCUAUCAGGUUCAAUUGUAAAUCUAAACCAUAUCCAUUCAAACACACAUAAAAAAUUUCACUAGGAGUUCAGUGGCAUAUACACAUUUACAAAGUUAAAAAAAAAUAUACUGAUUAAGAUUAUCUAACUCUGGUCAACUAUUGUAAUAUAUUAAUACUAAUAAGUAGCAUGUGCUGAUAAUCAGAGAGCUGUCUUUAUACUCUCACCUCUUUUUUGGUCUUAAGAGACGAGAAUAUUUAUCGGUACUACCAUAUUUAUCGAACUAACCGUGCUUACCAAAAAAAACGGUGUACUAAUUAUAAUUUCAAGAACCAUUAAAACCGGGAAUUGGUAAAUGCAGGUUUCCUAAAAUUGAGUAACUUUUAUAGGAACUGAUAAAAUCAAAAAUGUAUUAAAUUGAGAAUCAUAAAUUUAAGAACUAGUAUAUAAAUUGCUAAUAUUAAAUUAUAAAUUCUAGACCUAAUUAUAAUAAUAAAAUAAAAGAUUAAUACACUCAUAAAUAAUUAAAAUAUAUCUUAGAAUUAUUAAGAAUAUGCUUGACGAUACAUAUUAAUAAAUAUGAAUCAAUGUAUGUAUAAAUAUAUAUAGAUAAUAUCUUGUGCAUUAUACACAUAAAUAAAAUAAAUGUAAACAUGUAUUAAUUCAUGCUUUUUCAUUACUUUACAAAAUAUGGCUUGCCUUUUUCUUUACAAUAACAUUUUCAAUCUACCGGAAAAAAAAAGUUAACCAAUUUAUUAUUAGAAGUAUAAAUAAAGAAAUACCUCCUAAAUAACUAUUGAUUUUCCAUAAAGUUUUUUUAAACUAUUGUAUAAUUUUGUAAUCAUUUUACCCCGUAAAUUUAUUCUCAAAUUAGUAGGAUAGCCAAAAAAAAAAAAAAAAAAAAAAAAAUGCUUUUUUCACAGAUGUAUGUUUAUAUUUAAUUUCUAUAAGUAUGACAAUACCAUCAAAUCUAAUUCUGUGAAAAAAAAAUUGUCCAGUUUGUGAUCAGUGAUUUUAGAUAAAUAAUGCAAUUUGUAUGUAUUUAAUUUUUUUUUCACUCUAUAAAUUAUAACUAACUUAAAAUGGCAUGAAGCUAUCAUGAUCAGAAUGAUCUGAAUUUAACAAGGACCAAUUAUGGUCUUAUAUACAAAUUGCGUUUUAUAUCUAAAAUUGUUAUUCGCAAACUGGAAAAAAUAUUUUUGGUCAUUUAAAACAUGUAUAACCAAACUUUGCUCAGAAUUUUCAGCAAUCAUUAAUCGUUUAAUACCUAUAGACAUACAUUCAUUUUUCUCUAUAUACUACCAUCCUAACUUCUCUCCUACAACAGUGUCUCACUCAUCGUGCAAAGUAUGUCUCUUUUUUUUAAUUUUUUAUAAACAUUUUCAUUAAAAUACAUAUUGAUGAAAACACUUUUCUAAAUUGGUUAGGAGUCAAGAUUCCCACCCUCUCCUUAUAUUAUCUUGUCCGUGCCUUAUUUAUAAACGUAUUUCGCUCUCCUCAAUUCAAAAUCUUGGCUUUACAAUUUUAAAUUAAUGAGCUAAAAAAAUUUGUUUGUUAGGUGCGUAAUUUUUUGGGUGGCUUGGAUAAAUUUUAAUGUCCUGACCUGAAUUUUUUCUCACUACACCCAUGAUCUAAAGGUAAAUCUUUAUAGAUGAAAGAUAAAUGCAGUUUUUAUUUCACACUUACUCUCUGCGUCACAGUUUCAGAACCGUUGAACUAGGUGUCAAUAUUUGACAUGACCAUAUUAAAUUCAUAACUGAAAAAUGUAUUUGUAUUUAAUUUUAUUUGACUAAAAUAUUGGGUUUAUCAUAAUUAUAAAAAAAUGUUUUGUUUACAGUUUGGAAAAUCGCUGCAUAGGCAUUUUUAUGUCAAUAUUUAUACGCGUGCAUUGACUCUUUAUCUUGACAAAACGAAUUACUACAUAUUGGAUGACCAAAAAGAAAAUGCAUUGAUAUCAGCAGGCAUUUGUAGAAAAAGAUAUUUAAAAUUUGGUGAAAUAUUUGAUGAUGUAUUACUCGUAAAUCGCGAAUGUGUUUUGACUGCAUAUCAGUUAAUGCCUUCGACGGACCUUAUCAAAAAAAUGGAAAAUUUGGCCAUUCAAAGUGGUAUAACAAAGCCAAACAAUUCUAAGGGGACUGAAAAUUCUUCUGAAACAACUAAAAAAAAUAAUAUUAUUCUCGAUAAGGAAUACUAUUACAAAUGUUUGUGCCUAAGUCGUAGAGAUUGUACUACCUUGAUUCAUUCUACCCUUAAAAAUUUAGAACCAGAGUUUGAUACAAAUACUAUAAAUAAACUGUUAAAGAUUUUGAGGUCACCUCGGAUGGAAUGCUUCAAUUGGGACUUGUUAUGGCCAGAUUUGAAAAUACAAAUUGAUAUGUAUUAUGAUAAGUUGGAUGAAAUGAAGAGCAGAAGUAUGAUGGCAUGUGAUCAUUUAGGACUCACUUGUCAUUUUUUUGGAGAAUAUAAGGAUAUGAUAAAAAAUAAACAGGAAACUAUGGUCUGUGAAGAUCAUUUAAAUAUUAUAAAAGAUUAUGAAGAAUCAAUUGAGAAAGAUUCCACGGAGGAAGUAAUUGAGAAAGAUUCCACGGAGGAAGUAAUUGAGAAUAUUCAAGCAACAAAUAAUAAAAAAAGACAGAAAACUAAAGAAUAAAAUCUGAAAUGAAUUUCAUAAAUUAACUCACAGCUAACAAUCUUUAACCAUACAAUUAUAUUGUUCCAAUUACAUUGCACUCAAUUUAAAUUUGGAGUUCACAUGUCAAGAAUUAAUUAAAUAUAUAAAUACAUAAGGUAGUUUUUUAGACUGAGUCAAGCGAGAAAUGUAUUGGUUACAAUGAUGGUUAUUUUUUAUAUACAUUUUUUUAUUUUUAAACAAAUUUAAACAAUUUUUCUACAAGAAAUCUGUAAAUUAUAUCUGUUUUUUGCUUGUUAGACGUAAGAGGAAUAGAUAUUUUAAGACAUCACAAUUAUAUUUUAUAUUAUCAAAUAUAAUUUUUUAAAUUCAUUUUUAUCAUUAAAUCUUAGUUUUCGAAUUAUAUUCCACAUUGUCAGCGGUUUGAAUAGCUUCAACCAGAUCUAUAUUCUGUAUCUAAAGAAACUUCAAAACUUACAAAAAAAAAGAAAGUUAUGUUAAGUUAGUUACAUUUUAAUUCUAUAGAUUUUUUUUCUUAUAUAUAAUAGUUUUCUAUAGGUAUAGGCACCUACCUAUAUAUUUUUUUGAUUUUUUUUUUUUUUUUUUUUAUGCCUAGAUCUAAGAAUUUUACUUAAUUUAAGUAUAUUUAAAUAUAAUUAACAUCUUAAUUUAAGUAUAUUAUAAUUAUUAUUAUUAUACAUUUUUGUGGUGUUUUUUUUUGUUAAUAUUAACGUAAUGUAAUUUUUAUAUUUUUUUUGAAGAUAAUAUGUAUGCAGUUUAUUUAAUGUAUUAAAAAAAAAAUUGUGUUUUCCUAGUUUUUUCUUAAUAAUAUAAUUACAUAUAUUGUUAUUAUUAUUAGAAUACAAUUUUUUUUUUUUCCAUUAGGGGCUAUUUUAUGUGUACAUUGUACAUUGUGCAACAGUAAUACUUUGAAUUAGUAUUAAGAAUAAAAUAAUAAGAAAUAGUGUUAAGGUUAGUGCCACAUUUAACUACUGUUCUGCUGUAAGCACUGAACAAACUGCCGCUCUUUCACAAACAUUUUUUUUAAAACUUUUGUAUUAUUAUUAUUGAAAAAAUAACUUAAUAUGGAUUCCUUACUUUGGUUUAUACCAAUUUUUUCUUAUUAAACACAAACUAAUUAAUGUUAUUACAAUACUAUGUUUUACCUUAUACCUAU